CAGUCUCCGAUAAACUAAUCUUCCGUGUCUUGAGCUCUGAAGAGCAAACUAAGCAUCGGUUUGACGCUGCUUGAGGGGCUCUAUCUUCAACAGCGUCCGUGUGUGCAUCAAGGCUCCAUAAGCUACAGGCGGAGUUACCAUGUGGACUGGGCAUGCGAAGACUGCAGUCGCUCGUUUCUGCUAUUACAAACCGCCGUUGUUGGGAAGCAUUGAGAGAGCCGUGGGCAUCAGAAGAACAAGCACGGUGGGAGAGUUUUUGGAACCCGAUGGACAGAUGCUGAAGGCACUGGUGUGCCCGUUUUCCAAGCUACCGCUUACUUAUGACCUCGAGGCGAGAGAGCUGCUGUCUCCGGUAGGGGUGGCCUUCCCCAUCACAGCGAAUGGAAUCGCCGACAUGACGCCUGCCAGUGCGAGACUUGUGGGGCACCGCCAGAUGGUCGAGAGCAAGUGUGAACAGACCUGACGACACAUGCAUGUGGCUACCGGCUCCAGCUACCCCCUGGUGUUGGCAGGAGGCAAGGAACCGAACAUGCAAGGAGGGUUACCUCUAGCAUGAGAUUCGUAGUUUCCGAAUAUGGUUGGGCAACGGCGGCGUGUCAAGGGGACUGCAAACGUUACCAGCAACAGUCCGGCUUCACCAAAUUAGCAUCCGCCGCUGUGGUCGUCGCUCAUCGAGGACGUGUUUGUACCCAACUGCGGUACUUUUUGUCUUCGAUCCUGUCAGAGCAUGGGCAUGGCAGGCAGGCACAACCGUGAGACUGCGACCGUUGGCGAGAGGCGUACGAUUCAUUGUAUGCAUGUGAUGCAGUAGUAGUCCAGAUUUUAAGGGCUUCCCGUAAACGUUGCAAAACAUGUGGAAAAGUCUAAAUUGGAAUGUUUUUCAUGCGCUUGUUGGCUGGAAAAAUUAUCGCUCUGUGCGCUUGGUCCUCCAUUUGAGAUCCCGAUAAUAGGUGCGUCAAGAGUCGGUGGUGCGUAGCCAGAGGCAGGCACCAAUGCUUUCACAUUUGAUAAAAAUAUUGGUCCACGGCAUAUGUUACGGGCUGCACGGUUGCGGUGAGACAUUACGUAUUGUUGUACCCUCGGGUGGGUCCGAAGACUACCUCGUUCCUCAUUUGCAACAGCCACACAUCGUCCUUACGUUAUUCCUCAAAGCAUGCUUACCCAGUACUAUUUCGCCUGUAAAGAGGCCGUAGCGCAUUUUAGAGGUGAGUGGAAGCGUAGCCGGGCCACGUAUUUCUUCCGGGUUGAGUUCCCACACAAGACUACAACCCUGUGGUUUGGGUCGAGAGCCUAUGGUAUGUAACCGGCGUUUUUGAUGCCUUCUUUAGACCCAACAGUCGUUCCUCGCUGGGGAACAACCGUGCGAUUCUAAGAUGAUACUCUGGAAAAAGCUGAUUUGAUUGGCGAACCUCUCUAGAAAACGAGUGCCAUGACGCGUUGGGAUAAUAAGUGAACUAUGGUGUGACUGCGACAGCAAUCGCUUACACAUGACAACGGGUUUAUUUGUUCGCUAUUGAGAGAAUGGUGUGCUGAGAGCAGAAUAUUGGUUCACACGCAUUUGGACAAUGGCAGCUUAUAAAUUUUGUGAAUUGGUCUGAAAUGGGAUGUUUGUAUCCAGUGAAUAUUGUUCCCACAUCGUAUUUUUCUUGUAUCUCGUCCCAUUUUUCUGGACGCCUGUCUACAGGAUUCUCAAGAUAUGCUUGAUGCACUAGCCGUCGUGUGCUUGAAAGUUUUCCCCACUCUUCUUCGUACGAAGAGUCUUCAUUGGCUACUACUUUAUAUAGGCUGACCGUGUACAGAUUCCUUAGCAUUUGCUUCGGAAUUUUCUCGAGUGCAUGUGUUUUGGAAGAUAACGAUUGCUUGUUUCUCUUCAUUCGGAGAGGUUGGAACCUGCGAGGUCUGUUUGACACUU